AUGGGGGGCCUUUCCCUGCGCCACCUGUGGCCGCAGAGGGCACACCGCUGGACGGUGCUGGGGAGGUUCUCCAGGGAGUCGAGGCAGCAGGCAGGGCACUGGUGGAUCAUCCCAGGUUAUCAGCUGGUCCUGGCACCGUUCCAUCAGAGCCAGAAUGAAGCACCUGCAGUGGACGAAUGGUUUCGGCCCUCGGAAGAAACAUGGGACGCUGCCCAUGUGCGCCUGCAACGGGCCAUCAGGCGGCAGAAGGUGAGACCCAGUGGUGUGGCUCAUUGUUCUUUCUCCCCUGCAGGUGAAGCAGCGGUAUCGGGAGCAGUGGGAGAAGCAACGGAGUUGGGAGCAGUGGGAGAAGCAACGGAGUUGGGAGCAGUGGGAGAAGCAACGGAGUUGGGAGCAGUGGGAGAAGCAACGGAGUUGGGAGCAGUGGGAGAAGCAACGGAGUUGGGAGCAGUGGGAGAAGCAACGGAGUUGGGAGCAGGGGGAGAAGCAACGGAGUUGGGAGCAGUGGGAGAAGCAACGGAGUUGGGAGCAGUGGGAGAAGCAACGGAGUUGGGAGCAGUGGGAGAAGCAACGGAGUUGGGAGCAGUGGGAGAAGCAACGGAGUUGGGAGCAGUGGGAGAAGCAACGGAGUUGGGAGCAGUGGGAGAAGCAACGGAGUUGGGAGCAGUGGGAGAAGCAACGGAGUUGGGAGCAGUGGGAGAAGCAACGGAGUUGGGAGCAGUGGGAGAAGCAACGGAGUUGGGAGCAGUGGGAGAAGCAACGGAGUUGGGAGCAGGGGGAGAAGCAGUUGGGAGUUGGGAGCAGUGGGAGAAGCAGUUGGGAGUUGGGAGCAGGGGGAGAAGCAGUUGGGAGUUGGGAGCAGUGGGAGAAGCAGUUGGGAGUUGGGAGCAGGGGGAGAAGCAGUUGGGAGUUGGGAGCAGUGGGAGAAGCAGUUGGGAGUUGGGAGCAGUGGGAGAAGCAGUUGGGAGUUGGGAGCAGUGGGAGAAGCAGUUGGGAGUUGGGAGCAGUGGGAGAAGCAGUUGGGAGUUGGGAGCAGUGGGAGAAGCAAUGGAGUUGGGAGCAGUGGGAGAAGCAGUAGGGAGUUGGGAGCAGUGGGAGAAGCAGUUGGGAGUUGGGAGCAGUGGGAGAAGCAACGGAGUUGGGAGCAGUGGGAGAAGCAGUUGGGAGUUGGGAGCAGUGGGAGAAGCAGUUGGGAGUUGGGAGCAGUGGGAGAAGCAGUUGGGAGUUGGGAGCAGUGGGAGAAGCAACGGAGUUGGGAGCAGGACCGAUCAACCUGGACAUGAAGAAACUGAGGCUACACAAUCAUGUUAAAGCAUUCCAACAUUAUAUCGUCAGUUGCCGAAUGUGGUGGUUGUAAAGUUUGUUGCAUACUAAGCAAAAUGGUGUGAGGGAUGUUGAGUGUCACAAUCUUGGGGCUUUGCUAUGUUUAUAGGCAUAUCCUAAUCUAAAAGACUUUAAAAAACUAAAAUCAUCUUUGCCUGCAUGUUUCCCUGCACUCAGGGAAGAUGCGUAUCCCAAAAUGGUAAAACAUAGACAAGGUUGUACAAUAGGUGGACAAAUACGACAUGACAGUUAUACAUUAAGUUGAUUUAAAGCUACAAUAUGUAACUUUUUGGGCAACAUAAAUGUGUGUUUAUACAUCUGUCAUUCUCAUUGAAAGCAAGUCUGAGAAGCGGUAGAUCUGUUCUAUGUAAGCUAUUUCUAUCGGUCCCUUUAGUUUGGGUGUCCUUUACAUUUGGUUUUGUUGUGUACACCAGCUGAAAAUACAAUAUUUUUGGUUAUAAAAAAUAUAUUUCACAGCAGUUUAGAUGGUACAAUUAUUCGCGACACAAUGACUGCCUGUUAUCUCACAACUGAAAUUAGGCAAACUAUUUUAAUUUUAGCAACCAGGAAAUGGAAAGAUUAAUGCAUAUUCCACCUUUGAGAAAUUAAAGGUUAUUUUUUUGAGCUCAUGGUGUAGCCAAUGAGGCGGAGAAGCUGGAGGAGGACAGGAAGAAGGUGAAGUGCCUCAACAAAUCUGAAAUAGGGUAAGUGCCUCCCGUUGGGAGGGUUCAGUCUAGUGGACUGAAAUAGGUGCCAGUACUCAUUUUGGGUGCCUUUACCCUUCAUAUUUAGGUGCAGGAGCUCCACAACACUUUGAGCUAAUAUUCUAUGAGGUGGAGGAGCUCAAGCAGUAGAAAAAGUGAGGUGCCAGUGCUCAGCUUCGGUGAUCUCAUGCCUAAGUGGCUCAGUCAGGGAUAAUAACAGAAUAAAUAAACCAGCUAAACUGAAAAACAGCUACAACAAGCUGUUGUUCUUAUGGAUCAAACUGUUUCCUUCCUAAGGCAAUGAUUGAACCCCCAGUACCGUACCCACCUGAAGAGGAAAGCACAGGUGGCUCAGGGGGAGGUGGUAUGUCCUUGUUUUUUAACUGCUGUGAAUUGACAUGAUGGAAUCAUUCCUGCUCACCCAACUUCUGCUUGUAAUGUGUCUGUUGUCCAUUAGGAGGCAGACUGCAGGAUCCUGGGAGUCCUGCUGGAGAGUGCACGUCUGGGGGGAAUUGAAGCACGUCAAGGAGCAACUCCAGCUGGAAAAGGAAGCAGAGUUUGUCGUCCUGUACAGGUCGGUAUUAGCAUGAGCAGGCCCGGAGGUUGCAGGAGGAUGAGUGGAGGCUGCAGGAGGAUGAGUGGAGGCUGCAGGAGGAUGAGUGGAGGCUGCAGGAGGAUGAGUGGAGGCUGUAGGAGGAUAAGUGGAGGCUGCAGGAGGAUGAGGGGAGGCUGCCGACCCAGAGGAUGUCCUAGCAGAGCUAACAGGACAAGAUUCAACACAGAACCCGUUCAGCCUGGACAUGAAGAAGUUGUGAGGCCAAAAAGACACGGCACAAUCAUAUGUUCUUAUACAUUUGUACAAAGAAUGAAGUAUACCAACUUCAUGAUUAUAUGUUAAUUGCUGAAUGUGGUGGUUGUUAGUUUUUAGCAAAAUGAUGAGGGAUAGUUUAUAAUUCAAAGAAUCAUUAAAAAAAUAUAUCAAUAAACAAGACCUAAGAUUGUGAGUUUUAGUUAUGUAAUUAAAACAUAUAUUUUCUUUGCUUGCAAGUUUCUCUGCGCUCAUGGAAGAAACACUUUGUCACACAAUACAACAAACUAUUUAUCAUUGACAGAAUCAUUCGAUUCAUUUCCUUAGUUGGAUAUCUGCUAUUUGUCAUAAUUAUCAACCUAUAAAACAUAUGUGAAGCAUAUACAAUACUUUAGAGCCAAUCUGUAAGAUUUACUCUUUGAUUUGGAAGUU